AUGGCCGUGUUUCGAGAUUCCAAAGAGAAGGAUGAGCGGGAUCUGCAGACCGUGUCGUCUUUUCGCCCUGGAGCGGCGAGCGGUGUUUUGCAAGACUUCGCAGACCCAGACGUCCAAAAUGAAGCCGAAUCGACUCACAAGGGAGAAUUUGGCACGAAGCGUGACCUGAAACCUCGUCAAGUGUCCAUGAUAGCAGUUGCUGGUACCAUCGGAACUGGUCUUUUCUUAGGAUCUGGUGCUGCGCUAGUGAACGGUGGCCCUGUGGGUUUCUUUCUCGGCUACACCAUCGUUGGCUGUCUAGUAGGCAUGAUGAUGUUUUGUCUAGGCGAAAUGACGGUGUAUUCACCCAAUAUUGGCGGUUUCAUCGAAAUGGGCACCAAAUACAUCUCUCCCGAAGCAGGAUUCGCCAUGGGCAUCAAUUAUAUCUUGCAAACCGGCUUCGCCGUCCCGACGGAGAUCACAGCAGCUGCCGUUAUGAUCAGCUAUUGGGAUCCCGUCACGACUCAUGUAUCAGCGUACAUUGCGUCCUUCCUAGUCCUCAGCAUAGGCAUCAACCUCCUUGGGGUUAAAUACUUUGGUGAAGUAGAAUUUGUAUUUGCUUGUAUCAAAGUUUUGAUGCUCGUUGCCCUCAUAUUGUUUGGCCUAAUCGCCGACCUCGGUGGAGUUAAUGGUGUAUACACUGGCGGCCGCUACUGGAGGGACGAGCCAUUCAAUAACACAUUCGCAAACCUGUCACCAGUCUCGUUUGCAGGAUUCCUCGGAUUUUGGAAAGUUCUCACUCAAGCAGCCUUUGCGUUUGGUGGCAUUGAGGGUAUUAGCGUGCUGGCUGGUGAAGCGCACAAUCCCAGGAAGACCAUGAGAAGGGCUGUCAGAACGGUCUUCUAUCGAAUUGUUGGACUGUACCUCCUCACUGUCUUGAUUAUCUCUCUCAAUGUCAGCCAGCAUUCUCCGGCCCUGCUCGACGCAGUCUCAAAGGGCGGUUCGACUGCAGCAUCAUCGCCCUUUGUAGUCAUCUGCCAGCAGACUGGCGUUAAAGUCCUCCCAAGUGUGAUCAACGCUGUGGUCAUGACCUCUGCUUUGUCAUCAUGCAACGAGAAUAUUUUUGCUGUAGCGAGGACGCUGUUCGCACUAUCUCGUCAACACUAUUUGCCUAGAUGCUUCCUAAGGGUAAGCCGCUUGGGCACACCAUUCUGGGGUGUCUUAGUAGCCUUUUGCUUUGGAUUAUUAGGCUUCCUCUCAGUAUCCAAUGGUUCUGAUCAAGCUUUCAUUUGGUUGUCGAAUCUUUCAGCUCUCAGUAGCUUAAUUGCAUGGAUCAGUAUCUGCACCUGCUUCGUGCGAUUCUACAGUGCCCUGAAAGUCCAGGGCAUCGACAGAAAGAAUCUUGACCUCAGAGGGUGGUUCCAGCCGUAUAUGGCAUGGAUUUGCAUCGUCUCUUUUACUGUUAUUCUGUUUUUUAACGGUUUCCAGUCCUUCAUCCACAAGUUUUCAGUUUCAAACUUCUUUGCUUCGUAUAUCACAUUGCCAGUGAUUGCCUUAUCCCUCCUUGGCUUCCGACUUUAUUUAUGGCGGAGUGGAAGGGCCUAUGGUUUGACGAAUCUUGAUGAGAUAAACCUUGGCAACGGACCGGCCAAGGCUCUGCGUGGCACUCGGUAUGAUCUUGGGGCUUGA